UUUUUUUUUCGCAGUGGCUCUCUGUCUUCUUGGGUUCAGUGUGAGCAGCUUCUCCUCUCUCUGUGUCUUUCUCGGAUCCCUGUUCUUGUUUUCGUUCGCGCCGGAUGAUAUCGUUCGUCGAAAAGUUCGGUUUUUUUGAUGGAUUGAUGCUUGGGAGGUAGGCUAAUUUUCCUCUGUGUCGACGACAUGGCCGAUGGCGGCGAGGUUAGGGCAUGGGGGGAACUCUUUCCCGACGCUCUGGGCCUCAUCUUCCGCAACCUUCCUCUCCAAGAGAUCCUAACCGUCAUUCCUAGGGUUUGCAAAUCUUGGAGUCGGGCAGUGUCGGGUCCCUAUUGUUGGCAGGAGAUCGACGUUGACGAAUGGAGCAAGCGCUGCAAGCCCGAGCAGCUCGAUCGAAUGCUUCACAUGCUCAUCGAUCGCAGCUGUGGCUCCUUCCGCCGGCUCAGUGUCUUCGGCCUCCACACCGAAUCCAUGUUCACAUUCAUCGCAGAACAUGCUGGUUCCCUUGAAAGGCUGGAGCUUCCUAGAAGUGAAAUUAGUGAUUCUAUUGUUGAACUUAUUGCACCGAGAUUGUCCAGUUUAACCUACUUGGAUGUCAGCUACUGCUCAAAGAUAGGUGCUCGUGCCAUCGAAGUGUUUGGAAAACAUUGUAGAUCAUUAGUUUUCCUUCGGCGCAGGAUGCAUCCAUUAGAGGUUACUGGAGAUUACAAUUGCCAAGAAGAAGAAGCAUUUGCCAUUGCCAAAAUGAUGACCAAGUUGCACCACUUGGAGAUGUCCUACCAACGCUCUACGACCCAAGGGGUGCUCGAAAUCCUCUCCAAGUGUAGGGAUCUUGAGUAUUUGGACGUGCGAGGCUGUUGGGAAGUCAAGCUAGACAAGAAGUACUUGGAGGAGCGGCAUUCUGGUCUCAAGGUGCUGGGACCUGAAAUUGAAGACCGCUACGAAUGCGUGGACUACUACUCGGAUACUUCUGCAUAUUCGUGGAGGUCAAUCAGUGAUGACGAGGACAUGAUUUGGGAGGAUAUAAACGCAAUGGAAGGGGAGGAUUUUCAAGUGAGGUUCUACGGCGGUGGCUUCAACGAUGCGGUCACUGGGUAUGACUGGCCUCCGUCUCCAUGAGCAUUGUCGGAUGGGAUUAAGAAACUGAUAAUAUAACCUUCACUGCGUAUCUAAUAAUGGAACAAAAAGGGAAAAUCCAAUGUAUCUUUACUUCAGGUGUUGAAUCAGAUGCAUGUCAAGGUAAACUAGUGAUUACAUGAGAAUGUAACUUGCAGGAAGUGAUAUGAUAAGGAGUCAUCUGUAUCGAAGAUGGGGUAAACUUUACUUCAUCCAUCCUUGCAAUAGUGUCAAGAACUAAACCUAAGCUGUGUGCAUGAAAACUUAUAUGUUUCAUAUGAAUAGCUAUAGAUUUUGUGUUGUUUCAUGAAAA